AUGUUAGGGAGCAUCGAUUGCAUGCAUUGGCAGUGGAGGAACUGCCCAGUGGCUCAUGCUGGUCAAUUCACAAGGGGAGACAUCAAGCACCCUACCAUAAUCUUAGAAACUGUUGCGUCGUAUGACCGUUGGAUCUGGCAUGCCUUUUUUGGAGUGGCCGGGUCCAACAACGACAUCAAUGUACUCAACCAGUCGCCGUUGUUCACUGAUGUGCUUAGGGGAGAAGCACCCGUAGUGAACUUCACGGUGAAUGGACACGAGUACAACUAUGGUUACUACCUUGUCGACGACAUCUACCCCUCCUGGCCGGUGUUCAUGAAAGGUGUUACUCUUCCACAAAGUGAAAAGCAGCGAGUGUUCACUGCUGCUCAAUUAGCUUGGCGCAAAGAUGUCGAGUGUGCCUUUGGAGUGCUGAAGGCUAGGUUCAACAUUCUAGCAGUUCCGGGACGCUCCUACUCGAAGCGUACUCUUGGGUUGAUCAUGCGUGCAUGUGUCAUUCUGCACAACACGAUCAUCGAUGAUGAGCGUGGUACAAAUUUGGAGAACAACUAUGAGACAGUUGAGUCCAAUGUCGGCUCUGCAAUACACCACCAUGCACCACCAAGCCUAGCAGCCAGGAUUCAGAUGGACAACGAAAUGAGGGACUCACCGAUGUAUACACAACUCCAGCAUGAUUUGAUUGAGCAUGUGUGGGCUAAUGCCUAG